GUGGAACCCACACUCGAGUGUUAAGUGAGUCCUUUGUCAAUUUAGAUUUGAUAUACUAUGGGUCAGUGCAGCGUUACGUCAGGGGGGACUUGACCAGUGUGGAGACCACCCGGAUUUAUGUUCAUGAGACACGCAGCACAGAGUUUGUCACAUCGCUAUCAGCCCGACCUUGGACACAGUUUUGAAAGCGCAGCCUUAAGAUAACCUUUGACAAAUAAACAGAAGACGGCAUCUUUCAUUGAACUCGACAUACGACUUACCCACGUGCAUGGGAGUUUACAUAAGACAGAUUAUAUAAACUUCUGUAACCAGAUACAUACAGUAUGGAAAGUUCAACUGCGUAAUUCGUCAGUGCAGGGAUGAUACGAUAAAGAUAAACAGUGGUUCGUAUAAGGCACAUCUCUUUGAAACUCCCCAAGACAAGGACGAUGCAGGUGUAAUUAUUUCCAGUGCACAAGGAGUAUAUUGCUAACACCAUGGAAAAGCUGAAGAGGCUAAGCAAAAGAUGCUGUGGAUCAUGUCGUAAGAAGGAGGAAGAAGAUGAAGAGAAGGAAGCUGACAACAAAAUGACAGACUUGGAGCACGUUUUGGCCAAAGUGGGUCAGAUGGGCUGGUAUCAGCUGAGCCUGUUCCUCAUAAUCUCACUCUCUGAUAUCCCGGUGUCUUGGGCAAUGUUAUCUCUUAUCUUCACGGGGGACGACGCCAGUUGGAGGUGUCCAAUCGCGCGCACCAACGUCACUUCCGCUGCAGACGACUAUUUGACGGACAAUUCCACCACGCUUUUUGACUCUUUACUGUACGAUGUCAGCUCCAAUGUCAACAUUGUCAGUGAUGGCACACUGUCAAAUGUGUCAAAUGUUACCAAAAAUUCUAGUGACAUGUACACGUAUAAUACUUGCACUGCAGAUAACCAAGUCUGUCCAGGAAUUGAAUUCACUUCAGAAUCAUCGACAAUCGUUACAGAGUGGAAUCUUGUCUGCAACUUGGCCCCAGUGAGUGACCAGAUCACCUCCCUGCAGAUGAUCGGGGUGUUUUUUGGCUCCUUCAUUUACGGACAACUGGCGGACUCGUUUGGUCGCAAGAAGGCGUGGUUCGGUGGUAUUCUUCUUAUGUGUUUGACCGGAUUUGCCCAGAUAUAUGCUCCAACGUGGUAUGUGUUUGCCAUACUGAGGCUUAUCACGGGCAUAAGUCUUGGAGGCACCAUAGUGGUUGGAUUUGUAUACCCCAUGGAGUUCAUUGGAAUCCGGUGGCGUGCGUUUACCGGAUCCAUAGGAUUGUGGCCUGUCGGCUUGGGUGCACUGGCGGCGUUCGGCUUUACUAUUAAGGACUGGAAACAGAUUAUGUUAGCCACCACAUUGCCCGGACUGGCCCUGCUACUGUUUUGGUUUUAUAUUCCCGAAAGCCCCCGAUGGCUGGUUACAAGAGGUCGGUACAAAGAGGCAGAGGAAAUCAUGCAGAGAAUAGCCAGGAGGAAUAAAAAGGAAAUGCCAGACUUUGCAGAAUUUGUCGCAAAUUAUGAGGCCAAUAAGAACCAGGCCAAGGCACGCGAUUAUAGAAUCCAUGAUUUAUUUCGCACCCCUAGACAAUCCAGGCUGAUCGUGAUGUUAACAUACAUUAUGUUCAGCAUGGCCCUUUUCGUAUAUACCAUGGGGUUCAACGUGAAAAAUCUCCCCGGAGGCAAGGCGAUUAACUUCGCAAUAGGGUUUGGAAUAGGUUAUCCUACUAGCCUAUUCUCCAUAUAUCUCAAUAACUGUCUAGGACGCCGGUGGACAUUUAUUGGCUUGACAGCACUGGGCGGGGUCCUAACGCUCUCUGUCAUCUUGCUUGACGUGUUUGGUGUAUAUGAGACGGCGUGGCUGGCGGUGGCCUUGGUGUCCACACUGGGUCGGACGUGUGUUCUGACAGGCUGGACAGCUGCUAUGAUUAUCUCAUCAGAGCUGCUGCCAACUCCUAUUAGAGAUAUAGGUGUGGCCGUAGCGAUGGGAGGAAGUCGGCUUGGAUCCAUAGUAGCACCUCAGUUGGUAUAUCUAUCAAAACUCGACAGAAGAUAUCCGUUCAUCAUUGGCGGAGUCUUCGCAAUAGGAGCGGCAAUUACCGGAUGGUUCCUGCCAGAAACAAAGGGGCAAGCCUUAGAAGACGAUGUGCCAAAAUGGACGUGGUGCUUCUGUUGUCCAUGCGGGUGCGCACGGAACGAUGUCGACGAGGAUCCGAAAUCAGUACAUGAUGAAUUUGCCGAUAAUGACGAGAAAGAACCCCUCGAGGGGCAUGAACAUAACGUGGACGCGUUAUCUGACGGAAUGGAUUACCUUAGCGCUUUUGGAAGUAUUGGGACAAUUGACUUGCAGUGGCCCUCUUUUACCAAUUUGCACUUAACGGUGCCUCACGAGGUAAAGCAUCGUGGGAAAUACGUUCAGUUGGAGGAUUUAAACCACGAAACGAUAAUAUAAACUCGUCUCUAAAAGGCGGCAGAUUAUGGCGCCAGCGUGACCUGGCUGAUGCAGACAGCUGUUAAGGCACAUGUGCCAAGACGGCUACAUUUUGAAAAA